AUGACCCUCUACCAACGACUUUCAGAAUCGUCACAUCCCAUCUGUUUAUUGUUUUUCGUGGGGAUUAGAUUAAUUUCGCUGCUGGCAUACUUGUUUGGCCUACUCUUCACCAAGAACUUCAUUCUAGUGUUCAUCGUGGUGAUGUUGACUCUUGCCGCAGACUUCUGGAAUGUCAAGAACAUCAGCGGAAGGCUAAUGGUUGGACUAAGAUGGUGGAAUGAAACCAAUGAGCUGGGACAAAGUGUCUGGGUAUUUGAAACUGCGGAUCCAAACAGAUAUAUCAACCCAAUUGACUCCAAAGUUUUUUGGAUUGCACUAUACGGAGCACCAGCCUUCUGGAUCAUUCUCGGAAUUGUUGCGAUCUUGAAAUUUGAGUUCUUAUCGCUCAUACUGGUCGCAAUCGCAAUAUCCUUGACUACGAUAAACGCCAUGGCCUUCACCAAGUGCGACAAGUUUGGAAAGGCCAAUAACAUUGCGUCCAGCAUGUUUGGUAACGUUUCCGGAACUAUCUUUAACAGACUGAACCCUUUCAAUUUCGGAUAA